AUGGAGUCCUUCAUCGAGGAAGGUUAUCAUAGUACAAAUCCUUACCACAACAGUAUACACGCCACGGAUGUGACUCAGGCAAUGCAUUGCUUCCUCCAAGAAGAAAAGAUCAGAACGCACUUAACUAACUUGGAGAUAAUGGCUGCGCUAAUAGCCGCGGUGACGCAUGAUCUAGAUCAUCCGGGCGUCAAUCAACCGUUUCUGGUUGCUACAAGCAAUCACUUGGCUGCUCUCUAUCAAAAUACGUCGGUUCUUGAAAAUCAUCAUUGGAGAUCGGCGAUCGGUUGUCUACUAGAAAGCGGUGUCUCGGAUCAGUUGCCUGCUAACGUGAGACCUGAACUUCAGCGACACAUCAGCUCGUUGAUAUUGGCCACAGAUAUCACGAGGCAGCAGGAAUUUCUCAUUCGAUUGAAGGUGAACUUUUAUAAAGCUUUAAUAGCGUUGCGCUAA